UCCGCACGCGGGUGCCAUAGCAGCGGCGGCGGCGAGGAGGAGGAGGAGGAGGGUGUGUUCUUGAGCCCCCUCCCCUCGGUGUCGGAGGUGGAGAGAGGAGGAGACCGGCGGCGGAGGCGGGAGGAGGAGGAAGUAGAGGCGGCGGAGAAUAGCGGGCAAAUGGAGCUGUGAAAGGCUGCGAGAGGUCCGGAGGAAGGAGCUGAGCCGUGCGAGCGGUUUCGAUUCGCCCCUUUCGUCGCCCAGCCCAGCCCAGCCGAGCCCAACCCAGCCCGGGCUCUGGCUUAUAAAACUCCCAAGUGCCGCCGCCUCCGCCUCAGACGGCGGUUUUCCCAGAAAAAAAGCCCAGCCGCGCCGUUGCUACCCCUCCUAUCUAUUCCUGCCUCACCAGGGCGGGUGGAAAGGGAAAACGCUCCCUCCGCCGGAGGCACCUUCUCGCCGGCUCGGAACCUUUCCGGAUUCGCCGAGCCUCUCGGAGGGCCUGCAGAAAAAGGUUGCACCGAACUUGCUGCUGCUCGCUCACUCGCCCGCCCUCCGCUCGCUCCUUUUGCCUCCCCGCCUCGGCCAUGCCCGUCGGUGGCGUGAGGAAGUUUCCUGAUGGCUGCUGAGAGGUUCCUCUUCUCUCCCAUCCCUGCCUCUCCGCUCCGGCCGAGGCUUGCGGUGCUUCCUCCCCUAAGCAGCCUUUGGGUGAAAUGCUGAAGAGCUGGGCCCCCUCUUCGCCUUUUCCCUAGUUCCAGGCUUUUUUUUUUUGCUUUUUCUUUUUUCCUUUUGGAAACCGAAAACGGGCGUCCUCUUAACGGCCGUAAUUACUUCGGAGUAAGGUGUCGGCAUCCUUGGCGAGAGGGGAGGAAUCCUUCCCAAUCCUUCUCUUUUCAGAAGAAGGGCAUGCUCUGCUGAAGGGGGCAACAAGAUGCAGACCUUCUUGAAAGGGAAAAGGGUCGGUUAUUGGCUGAGCGAGAAGAAAAUCAAGAAGCUCAAUUUCCAAGCUUUUGCAGAUCUUUGCAGGAAAAGAGGGAUAGAGGUUAUACAGCUUGACCUUACCAAACGAAUAGAAGAUCAGGGCCCAUUAGAUGUGAUUAUACAUAAACUGACAGAUGUCCUAAUUGAAGCUGACCAAAAUGACAGCCAGUCGUUGGAGUUGGUUCACAGGUUCCAGGAAUAUAUUGAUGCUCAUCCUGAAACUAUAAUUCUGGAUCCUCUUCCUGCUAUCAGGACAUUACUGGACCGAUCAAAGUCUUAUGAACUUAUUAGACAGAUAGAACUGUAUAUGAAAGAUGACAGAAUCUGUUCUCCACCAUUUAUGGAAUUAACAAAUGCAUGUGGAGAAGACACCUUGAAGCAAAUAGAAAAAAAUGGAAUUGCAUUCCCAUUCAUUUGUAAGACAAGAGUCGCCCAUGGAACCAACUCUCAUGAGAUGGCUAUCAUAUUCAACCGGGAAGGCCUGAAAGCCAUCCAGCCUCCAUGUGUGAUUCAAAGUUUCAUCAACCACAAUGCUGUCCUGUACAAAGUCUUUGUGGUUGGGGAGUCAUACACUGUGGUGAAGAGGCCCUCUGUGAAGAACUUCUCAGCAGGCAUUUCUGAUAGAGAAUCAAUAUUUUUCAACAGCCACAAUGUAUCAAAACCAGAAUCCUCUUCCAUCUUAACAGCACUUGAUAAAAUAGAAGGGGUGUUUGAGAGACCAAAUGACGAUGUUAUCCGAGCAAUCUCAAAGACACUAAGGCAGACUUUGGGGAUUUCUCUCUUUGGCAUUGACAUUAUCAUUAACAAUCAGACUGGUCAGCAUGCAGUCAUUGAUAUUAAUGCAUUUCCAGGAUAUGAAGGUGUCUCAGAGUUUUUCACUGACCUCCUGAACCACAUAGCUACCACCCUGCAGGAGCAAACUCCAGAGUUAUCCCAGCUGAACCAUAACAAGUUCCUGGCAGAGCAGAGCAGCAGCCUCGUGGGGGAGCGGACGUGCUGUGCUAACACUGGCUGCCGGACCAUGGCAAGCCAAGACCCCUGGAUUGUGGAGAACGAAACCAACAGCUCAGUCAAGCUGCAGCACCAGAGGCUGAGCUGUAACUCAUCCAUGUCACCGAGUUUUCAGCAGCAUUGUGUGGCCACGUUAGCCACAAAAGCUUCCUCUCAAUGAUCCCUAUCUGUGCCACAGACUGAGAAAGAAAGCCGUCAGCUCCUGGGCUGUGAAUUCAGUGUAAUUUUUUGAAAGAAAGUGAAAUUAGUGAUAUGGGUCCACUUUAACAAAUUCCUCUUAUAGUUCUAUAGUGAGUUUAUCCAUCCAUGUAUGGGUGCCUAUUGUGUGCAUGUAUCUUAAACACUAUAUCUUAAUGUGGGAGGAUGGAUUUGUGUUUUUUUUUUCCCAUGCCUUUUCCUUUUCUUUGUAAUCAUCGACCAGAAUUGGGUGAUGAAUCAUCCCGGAUUGAUAAGAAUUUGUGUUGAAAAUUUGCACACUGGGAUUCAACCCCCUUCCAUCUUUUUUUCAGCCCAUUCCAAAGAGUAAAACAUGCAUUGAUUGUACACCUAAAUCCAGAGGAAACCUGCAUACCCAAGAUCAGCAUUUUACUUCUUUGUGGAAAACUUCGAAAUUAGAAAGUGCUUCAGAUAGUUUCCCAUUUCCCUAAAGAAGAAGAAUGCCUGGGUAUUUGUUUGCUAUUGUGAAAAACUGUAGGUUAAUGUAAUACUGCCCUUAAUCUCAUUGUGGGGGGCGGGGGCAAAGGACUUCCUAAUUGUUGGAGGAUUACCACAUCUAACAUAAGAACAAGCUAGGGAGUUUAGCUUUUUUUGCUGCUUUUCUGAUCCUGAGACUAAAGGACAUCACUUUCACGUAUUUAUUAACUGAUAGGGUGGCUUAUUUUUAGCUUUGUAUGAUGCACAGAUCCAUUCACUGUGAUUUAUAAAUUAUGGUUCCUUUGUUAGGGUGGGCUUGUGCAUCAUAUUAAACAAGAAACUCAAAUUGUGGAUUAGCAUUACAUGUGAUUUAGGGGCCUGUUUAUAAGCACUACUCUGCACAAGUAUUUUUCCUUAGUGGUGGGUAGAAGUAAAAGUAAAUUUGUUGAAGCAAAUCAGCAGCAAUUUGUCUCCAUUUCUGGUCUAUCAUUUGUGGGGUUGAACAUUUGAGAUACAGUAUAAGGGUAAUAUUUAUCUAACCUGCAAUUCAGUCUGGUUAUAUUUUAAGAACAAGUAACAAAACAACAGUGCAUCUUUAACUCUGUUUCUUUCAACACAACAUCAUCUUUGUGCAGCUUUGAACUGGUCAUUAAUUUGAAAAGGUACUGUGAAUGAGUUUUGGGACUCUUAAUUUGAGACAAUCUUUAAAUUGUCUCAGGAAACAUUGUUAAAGUAUUUUACAUAUUUAGAUACAUUUGGAAAGAUUGAUCAUCAUGAAUUAGGGAUCUAUGGACUAAUUCACACUCAGGUAGUAGUGUGAAUGUAUAUGACAUACAUGCUACAAGUUGUACACAUGAAUCCCAACUUUUAAAAGGAUAAUAUAUUGGUAAUACUUGCAUACAGGCAACAUUAUGUGUUUUUUGUUGGAUUAAAGAAAGUUUGAAUUCUCA